UACUAUAAAUCUACUAUCCCAACCAUCUUCUCAUAAUUUUUUGAUAGCGUCAACUGAGCCAAUUGUCAAGAUACAGGUACCACCACCGAUUAUUUUUAAACGGUUCCAUGUUCGUUCCGAAAUAGAAUUUAUCAAUCCGAUAGUCUAUGAAGAUAUUUCAGGGAUAGAUAACGAGUCGCUAUAAAAUGAUGAACAUUGGCUUUUGAUGUCAUUCAGAAUCAAUAACCUGGAGAACCAGCACCAUGAAUGCAGCCAUAGUCCUCCUAUUCGUGGCCCUUUUCGUGGCCAUCAAUGCCGAAUUCACUUGCAAUCCUGAUGGCGAUGGAGAGCCCGACUGCUUGGGACGCUCUGGACAGGUUACCCGCGACUUCUGGGACCCAACCCACUACUGGAUCUGCAGCCCCUCCGGAAAGCCAGAUCUUACAGCGUGCCCGGACCAGAAGGGAUUCGAUCCCAAAACAGGAACCUGCGUGGAUUGGAGCGAUUGGCAGUGGUACCCACCAUGUCCCACCGACUCCGAAUCCACUUAA